UGGGAGCACAAUGAUUAACUAUGGCCUCUCUCAGUCAAACUUUGCACCGUGCUUACCCACAAUUCCUGGAGUGGUGAGCUGUUGGUUGUGCUUCACGUUGGGAGAAGCACUACUCUGCAGGGCUGUGGGUAUAUCUGCACAGGACAUGGCCAGUUCUCCCUCCCAAAGGAUUGGAGUUGUAGGAUACGGACAUCUAGGGCAGUACCUGGUGGAGAGGAUCCUUAAAGAUGGAGCUGCUCUCGGUCUCACGCUGGCUUUUGUUUGGAACAGAAAUUCUGACAAGCUCAGAGGCUUAGUUCCUGAUGAACUCAUACUCGGUGACCUAUCAUCCUUUACCGACAGGCGAUGUGAUGUUAUUGUAGAAGUGUGCCAUCCACAGAUAGUGAAGGAGUUUGGGUUUCUGUUCCUGGCUCAGUCUCAUUUGAUGGUGGGCUCUCCCUCUGCCCUCUCAGAUCCUGAUCUCAACCAGAAGCUGCGUCAGGCGGUUCAGCAGCAUGGUAGGACACUUUACGUCCCCAGUGGUGCCUUAUGGGGAGGCCAGGACAUCCAGAGGCUGAAUGACAGUGGAGGCUUGAAGGCUUUGUUCAUAAGAAUGUCCAAGCAUCCAUCCUGCUUCCGACUGACAGGAGACGUCCUCUCUGAUUGGGCGGAGGAUGAGGGCAGGCGUGUUUUAUUCAGAGGCGCAGUGGCAGAGUUGUGCCCACUUGCUCCAAACAACGUUAACACCAUGGCAGCAGCAGCAGUGGCAGCAGGGACACUCGGCUUUACUGGUGUUCAGGGAGAGAUUGUGUCCGACACAGCGUUAAGUGACUUCCAUGUGGUUGAGGUGGAGGUGACUGGGCCCGGUGGUUUCUCAGUGCACACAGUGAGGAGGAACCCAGCCAAACUGGGAGCUGUGACCGGCAGUGCAACAUACAACUCCUUCUGGAAUAGUUUACUAGUUUGCAAGGGUCACGGUGGCCGAGUCUACUUGUGCUGAAGCAGAGGAGAGCUCUGCAGGACUGAAAACACUACAGCAAGAAGAUCCAGAUGAAUCAGCUGAGUCACUGGAUCAGUAUGUUACUGAGAACUUCAAAACCCACAGACCCUCUUUUAUUUGUGUUCCAAUAAACUGCAUGCA